AUGAAUUCAAGCCACAAGCUCUUGAAUCAGUUGACUGUGGGAUUUGAUUCGAAGAAAAUCAAGGUUAGAGUGACGCGCAUGUGGGAUGCCAUUAACACAAAUACUGGUGAUGUGUUUGCUCUUGAAAUGGUACUACUCGAUGAAAAUGAUAAUCAUAUGGUGGCUAUUGUACCAAAAAAUUUGGUACAAAGGUUUCGACCACAACUACUUGAGGGGGAUGUCUAUAUUUUGGAGAAAUUUAGAGUGACACCAAGAAAACAAUCUUGGAAUGUUGUGCACAAUGAGCAUAAUAUUUAUUUCACUUAUACAACUCUGGUGAAAAAGCUUGAUGGUCGAAUGAGUUCAAUAAAAUUUCACAAAUUUGAAUUCAUCGAUUUCAAUGACCUCUCUUCACGAUGUCAAGUUUUUACAUUCUUAUCAGGUAUGACUGGUGAAAGCAUUAAUGUCACAUUAUGGGGAACAACAUCGAAUCAGUUCAAUGAUGAGAAUAUUUUGGUGUCUGAUCAACCAUUAGUGUUGGUGAUCUCUUCAGUGACAGUUAAACAAUUCAGAGAUAAAAUUGUUAUUAGCAUUGAUAUCACUGCUCCUCAAACUAUUGAGGUUUUACAUCCUCCAAAAACGCGAGAAGCUAUACAGCAACUAAUGUUCAAGAAUCGAAAAUUUUUAUCAGAGAUAUAUCAGAUAAUGGCCGGUGUUCAAACAGAGGAAUUGGUUUACACUUCCAAAGUGACAAUUCUGAAAGUUGAUUUCAAUAGUCAACUGCACUACAAAGCAUAUCCAAAAUGUCAGAGAAAAGUGACAUUAGAAGGAUCUAAUUUUGUGUGCAAUGCUUGCAAUCAAAAUGUGGAGUAUCUUAAAUUGAGGUAUAUGUUAAAAGUCUUGGCAAGUGAUGCAACCGGUAGUGCUUGGUUUGUUAUAUUUGAUCAAGAGGCUGAAAGAAUAAUAGAACACAAACUUUCUUUUGUUCUUGAAGAAUUUAACAAGGAAGGAUUUAGCAAUGAAAUCGUGUCAUCAAUUAUAAAUAAGAUCACAUGGAAACCUUUUGUGUUCCAAAUCAAGUUGAACAAUUACAAUUUGGAACAAGGUAGUAAUAGAUUUACAGUGACUAGAUGGUUCCACUGUGAUUUCGAGAGGGAAACAAAUUUCAUGCUUUCACAGAUUGGUGGAACCAACAACCAAUACCAACCUGAAGUAUUUUCUUCCCAGAUCCCAAUUAGUACACCAGAUGAUUCUAAUCAAGAGCAUUUCAAUACACUUCAUAUGAAUAAUUCAUCAGAGGGUUCAACAAAAAUCACAGAAGAAGGGAAUCCUCAUAAAAAGAUUUGCAUGAGAAGUGAUAAUGAAAAAUCAAUAAAUGCUGAUUUGCACGAACAAAUCGAGGAGAAUGUUCAAACAGAAGAAAAAUCAAAACAAGUUCCUGAAGAAUAG